AGCAGCGUGAGGGGGGGACAGGCAGCCGGUCCGGUGUCGCGCACAGGGAGCCGCCGCCGCCGCCGCCGCCGCCGCCGUGUGAAGCCGCCAUGAAGCACUACGAGGUGGAGGUGCUGGACGCCAGGACCCGCGAGAAGCUCUGCUUCCUGGACAAGGUGGAGCCGCAGGCCACCAUCGCGGACAUCAAGAACCUCUUCACCAAGACCCACCCGCAGUGGUACCCCGCCCGCCAGUCCCUGCGCCUGGACCCCAAGGGCCGCUCGCUGAAGGACGAGGACGUGCUGCAGAGGCUCCCGGUGGGCACCACGGCCACCCUCUACUUCCGGGACCUGGGCGCGCAGAUCAGCUGGGUGACGGUCUUCCUGACCGAGUACGCGGGCCCCCUGUUCAUCUACCUGCUCUUCUACUUCCGCGUGCCGCUCACCUACGGGCGCCGCCAUGACUUCACCUCCAGCCGCCACGGCGUCGUGCACCUGGCCUGCCUCUGCCACUCGCUGCACUACAUCAAGCGCCUGCUGGAGACGCUCUUCGUGCACCGCUUCUCGCACGGCACCAUGCCGCUGCGCAACAUCUUCAAGAACUGCACCUACUACUGGGGCUUCGCGGCCUGGAUGGCCUAUUACAUCAACCACCCGCUCUACACGCCACCCACCUACGGCGCGGCGCAGGUGAAGCUGGCCCUGGCCAUCUUCGUGAUCUGCCAGCUGGGCAACUUCUCCAUCCACAUGGCGCUGCGGGACCUGCGGCCGGCCGGCUCCAAGACCCGCAAGAUCCCGUACCCCACCCGGAACCCCUUCACGUGGCUCUUCCUGCUGGUGUCCUGCCCCAACUACACCUACGAGGUGGGGUCCUGGAUCGGCUUCGCCAUCAUGACGCAGUGUGUGCCAGUGGCCCUCUUCUGGCUGGUGGGCUUCACGCAGAUGACCAUCUGGGCGCGCGGCAAGCACCGCAGCUACCUGCGCGAGUUCCGCGACUACCCGCCGCUGCGCGCGCCCAUCGUGCCCUUCCUGCUGUAGCCGCUGCCCGCGCUGCCCAUCGUGCCCUUCCUGCUGGAGCCGCUGCCCGCGGUGCCCUUCCUGCUGGAGCCGGUGCCCGCGGUGCCCACCCUGCUGUAGCCGGUGCCCGCCGUGCCCUUCCUGCUGGAGCCGCCGCUGCCCGCCGUGCCCACCCUUCUGUAUCCAAUAAAGCGCGGCCACACUCCC